GUUCUUGCGCUCCGACCUCCUGGAUAUCGGUAUAUACCGCUCACAUCCUCUUAUGUCAACGGACUCUGGAACAUCUGUGCCUCUGGAUAACUUGGAAACUCGCCACGCAACCUGAUUGUGCCCCGGGUCGCAAGCACGCCACAACUCCUUCCUAGUCUAUUUGUUCGGCUGGUAUGGCCGAAUCUACGGAUGCGACGACAAAUUCUCUUGCGGGUUUAUCUGUCUCCAAUGCAGUGGACGCUUCGCGACCUGAUGCAUUCCCUGGUGUGGUGCGCCACCAGGAGUACUGGUUCGACGAUGGAAGUGUUGUCGUCAUCGCCCAGGACACGGCAUACAAGAUCCACAAGAGUAUGCUUGCUAGACACUCCGAAGUCUUCAACGGCCUCUUUUCCGUGCCGCAGACAUCCGCCGAUGAUCACCUUGAUGGGUGCCCCGUCGUCCCCGUCCCGGAUUCCUCCGCGGACUUCAGCAACCUGCUGAAAGCGUUGUACGACACGUCCAGAGACUCCUCGCUUUUUCAACUCGAUAGAAGGUUGUCUUUUUCUGUCGUAGCUGGUCUCUACGAACUAGCGCACAAGUACCAGAUCGACCACCUCAUGGAACAGAUGCUCGUCCGCCUCAAAUCGUGCUUCACCGACAACCUCAGAGAGUGGGACGCGCUCGAUCACGUCACUACCGGGCACGGUCAGCGCUACACCGUCGUCCGCAGCCCCUCACUCGAAGUCCUUUCGAGCACGGACGCGAUCCGCGCGAUCAACCUCGCCCGCCGCACGGGCGCGCUCACCAUGCUCCCCGCCGCCAUCUACCUCGCGAGCUUCCACCACGCUGACGUGCUCCUCACCGGGAUCGCGCGCCCAGACGGCACGCUCGACACGCUGUCCCGCGAGGACCUCGUGCGCUGCCUCGACGCGCGCGUGCUCUUCGCGCACUGGACGUACACGAAGCUCGCGUGGAUCACGACCGGGCGCGUCACGACCGGGUGCAAGACGCCCGCGGCGUGCGCGGACGCGCUCACCGCGCUCUCGAUGAAGAUCAAGCAGGGCUUCUCGAAGCCGAAGGCGGCGUACUUUGCGCUCGACCCGUUUGCGGAGGUCGUGAAGGAGCUCACGAAGGAGUACGGGGUGUGCAAGAAGUGCGGGACGGCGAUGCGGGCGCGCGCAGUCGAGGAGCGGCGCGUUAUGUGGCGCAAUCUGCCACAGGACCUUGGCCUCGACCUCGAGGAUUGGGGGAAGUCGUGACGUUUUAUGAGACGUAGCGUUCUAGGGAUACCGACUUUUUACCACGAUGAAUCAAACGUUGUGCACUGCUCACAUCCCC